GACCCUCAGAAGUUCUCUUGGUUUCCCUUCUGCUCUUCAAUACUCGUUCUCUGCGGGGCAGGAUCAGUUCACCUUCAGCUUCUCUUCUCGCUCUAUUUUGGAUUACUUUCCUAUUUAUUUAUUUAUUGUUUUGUUUUACUUUAUUAUUUUUUGUGUGGUUGGACUCCUGCAUUACACUGCUUUGUUUCCAUCUUCAUUUCCCUCUUCCAAUCCAAUCUCCCCCCGCCACCGUUCUCAGUCACCGCGGCGGUGUGUAGGGCUAUGCUUUCCUCACCUACUGUGAUUCUAUCGCCUUAUGGACUGCCUGUCUACCAACAGUCAGCCUCGUGCUACCCCGGCCUAGUGCAGGGGUCCGGCCAGGAGGGUGGCCCAGGCAACGCCGACCCCUCCCUCUCCCAGAUCUAUGCCCCGCCUCCCUCAUACCCACCUCCAGGCCAGGGCCCGCCUAAUGUGGCAGGCAGACUCCCGCCUCUAGACUUUAGCCCCGCCCACGCUGGUGGCGAGUACCAGGAGCACGCCCAGCUCAGAGUGUAUCAGGGCCCGCAGCACGAGGGCGCAGACCUGGGACCAAGCAAUGUGGAGGAUGCCCUGGUCCCCGUGACCUCUGACUCCCAGUCCCUGAGCGUGGCCCUGUCCUCAGGGGGCGGGGCGGGGAGCGGCAGUGAUGACGAAGGCUCCAGUAAGGCCCAGCCCAAACGCCUCCAUGUCUCCAACAUCCCCUUCCGCUUCCGAGACCCCGACCUGAGACAGAUGUUCGGGCAAUUUGGCAAGAUUCUGGAUGUCGAAAUCAUCUUCAAUGAAAGGGGGUCCAAGGGCUUCGGCUUCGUCACAUUUGAGAGUGCAAUGGAGGCUGACCGGGCCCGGGAGAAACUGAAUGGGACGAUAGUGGAAGGAAGGAAGAUUGAGGUCAACAACGCCACUGCCAGAGUGGUCACUAAGAAGCCCCAGACCCCCGUGGUUAAUGAGGAGGUUUCAGCUGCUGGAUGGAAGAUCAACCAAGUGAUGGGGGCCAUGUACGCCCCUGAGCUCUACACUGUUGCCAGUUUCCCCUACCCUGUAGCAGCCCCUGCUUUAGCCUAUCGGGGUUCACCUUUGCGGGGGCGUGGCAGGGCCGUCUACAAUACGAUUCGCUCUGCUGCGGCGACGCCCACUGCCGUCCCUGGCUACCCUGGAGUUGUAUACCAGGAGGGAUUGUAUGGACCAGAAGUCUACGGGGGCUAUCCAGCAGCUUACAGAAUGGCCCAAUCAGCAGCUGCUGCCACAGCAACCUACAGUGAUGGAUAUGGACGGGUCUAUACCACAGCUCCGGACCCGUAUCACCACGCAGUCGGCCCCACCACAACGUAUGGAGUUGGAACCAUGGCCAGUUUGUACAGAGGAGGGUACAAUCGCUUCACUCCCUACUAAUGGAGCAAGAGGGUUCUCUUCAGUCACUCUGGGAUUGGCUGAUCCAUGGACGCUGCAGGACAGGUUAUGAGAUCAUACUUGAAGACAUCGAGGAGGCAUCCUCUCGCUCUAUGUCCCUCACAAUCGCUCCCUGAGACUCAACAGACUGUGCUUGUAAAUACUGUAGCCUUUUCGCUGUUAUAUGAAGUGAAGAAAUGGCAGCAAAACGAAGGAUAAUACUAUUUAAUGGAUACACUGUUGAUAUUUUUUAUUUAAGAUUUGACUGACUUUGUUUUAAGAGUUUUGGCUGUUCUGUUUGGCCUUCCAUGUGGAGGGUGGGAUAGAUAGGUGCCUUGCACUACAUUUGGGUUGUUGACUGAUAAGAGACUGAUAGAGAUGAUACAGGGAGCUAAAUUAUACAAGAAGCUUUUAUAGGGUGGGGGGCUGGGUCCAUAGACUUUACAUUGGUCAAAUUUGAUAUGACUUGUUUAGAUGUGUACGUGUAAAAAGACACGUGUGUUGUGUGUGUGUGUGAGAAAACAGAGGAUAUCCGGCCCCAUUACCAUUGUAUUAGUAGACUGAUAGACCGCUAUGACAUUGGGAUUUAAAAAAAAAUGAAAGUGUGGCCUUUAGAAAUGUGAAAAAGCAUAUAAUAUAGAUGCAUUUGACUGUUGUAUAAUUUCUUCUUCUACUUUCUUCUUUCCAACAAUCUACCUCUUCUCCUUCACGGUUUCACAUGUCAGCAUUUUCUGUAAAAAAAAUGUCUAUCUAAAAAUAACUUGGUAAUAAUAAUCGAUAAUUAGUCUAGGCUUCUUUUCAUUUCACAUAUCAAAACAGUUUCUCUCCCCAUGAAUAUAUUUUGUCUACCAAAUUAGAUUGUUUUGCCUGAGUGAAAUCCUUAGACCGAUGUGCUUUCUUCAAACUUAUUGUGUAAUAUUUUGGGAAUGUGCUUGUUGGAUGAAAACUAAUUUAACAAUAACUGAGACCAUUAUUCAAUAGAACAUGUGCCAGAACGUUUCAGAUAUAAGGCUUAACCACCUCAUUCUUCUUGUGAUUAGUGACUGGUCUGUGGUCUUUAAAUAAAGCCAUCUUUGUGUUCAUUUCCUCUGUCCUUCAUCUUUUGCUCAUUUUCUUUUCUUUACUUAGGCCUAUCUAAUCUUCUCGACUUUUUACUGUGUCUGCUCCUCAGAAGACAAGCAGUCUUUACUCUUUGUGGCUGAAAAAUCCUAAUACUUAACAUGCUUACCAUUAACACAUUCUACUUUCAGUGCUCAGACGUCCAAUUUAUUAGUUAGUUAAUUGAUUUUCAUCCCUUAGAAUUGUAGUUGUAGUAUACCUGAAAGUUUUCUUAGUCUUUCUUCAGGCUAUUUGCAUGGUGUGUAGGUCUAUAUUAUGCUCUGGCCAGUUUUCUUUCCUUUCCACACUUCGUUGUUUUCUGACCGUCUGCUUUUUUUUAACCUCCGACAUUUGCUUUUUAAUGUUUCUUUCCUUCCUCGAUACUAUAAACAUGUCAAUGAAUUACUUAAAAGUAUAAUUGCUGACUUGUCAGUAAGUAUUCAAUAGUCAUUUUACAAUAAAACAAUUGGAAGUAGUCAUCUUUUCUACUUUGAAGAUUGUGACUAUUCUCCUUGAACCGAUAUCUGCAUAUGGGUGGAAAAUAUAUUGAAUGAACGUUAAUCACGUGUGAGCAGGACCAUGGCACACAGUCAAAAAGAACGACCUGAACAACGAUUUAGCCUUUCUAAUAUGCAUCUGCAUUAAUAGUUGUACGUGCAGAUUAAAAAUGUCUCCCGGACCAAAGAGUACUCGAGUCUAGUGGAUAUUCGGAGUGUUAACAAUGGCGGGAGCACCAAGUAGUUUUGGCCUAUAUAUAUCAGCUUGCUACACCGGAAGCCACACAUUGACCUUUGGUCGCCACCCAAGAGUUCAGCCCGUAGGUUCCCACAUUAAAGACAGUCACGACUGACGCCAUACAUAUUU